AUGGCAGCAGCAGCGACGCGACUCUCGCAAUUUGGCGUCCGCCAUGUCGCCAAGGGCAUUGGACGACUCUCAAGCGAGGUCAUCGAGUCAGGUUCUGGCAGUCAUGUUACCAUGGUCGGCGGGAAACGAUACCUCGACUUCACGGUGGGCAUUGGCGUGGCAAACCUGGGCCAUUGUCACCCUGCUGUAACGAAAGCGAUCCAAGCCCAAGUCGGCACCCUCGUCCACGGGCAAGUUAAUAUUGCUUUCCAAAAGCCAUAUCUGGAGCUCAUCGAGCACCUAAUACCCAACAUGCCUCAUCCGAGUCUCGACACCUUCUUCUUCUGGAACUCUGGUAGCGAGGCUGUCGAAGCCGCUGUAAAGCUUGCACGUCAUGCCACGAAGAAGCAGAACAUUAUCGUGAUGCAAGGCUCAUAUCACGGUCGAACAUUCGGGACCAUGUCAAUGACCCGCUCGAAGACAGUAUACAGUCAAGGCUUCAACCCACUUCUGCCUGGCAUCUUCUCUGUGCCUUUCCCAUACUGUGCCCAGUGCUCAAUCGCUCAGCAUAGCAGCCAAAACUACAGCUCCUCGAACUGCUGCAUGGAUCCGAUCACACAGCUCGAGCUGCUGCUCAAGCGCGAAUCGGCCCCUUCGGAUACCGCUGCGAUCUUCAUCGAGCCAGUUCUUGGCGAAGGUGGCUAUGUGCCGGCUGCUGAAGGCUACCUUAAACGUGUCCGUGAGAUCUGUGACAAACACAAUAUCCUGUUGGUCACAGAUGAGGUACAGUCGGGCUUUGGUAGGACUGGCAAAAUGUUCGCGAUUGAGCACUGGAAUGUACGCCCCGAUAUUCUCAUCAUGGCAAAGGGUAUUGCGAAUGGAAUGCCGCUGUCUGGUAUUGUCUCCAGCAGAGAGCUUAUGGACACUCAGCCUCCUGGGACGAUGGGUGGUACCUAUGCUGGAAAUGCUGUAUCAUGUGCAGCCGGCGUCGCUGUCGCAAAAGCCUUCAAGGAAGAAAAGAUCCUUGAAAAUGUUGCCGCCAGAAGCAAGCAACUACGUGGCAUGCUUGACAAGCUGUGGGCGGAGCAAGAAAUCGGAAAGCACAUCCACGAUGUUCGCGGAUUGGGUUUGAUGCUGGCUGUCGAGUUCAAGCCCGGAACUGCGGGUAGCAUUGGUAGCAAAGUCCAAGCAAAAUGCAAGGAGAAGGGCAUGUUGAUUCUCACGACGUCGAUCUAUGAUACUCUACGCUUCAUACCCGCUCUCAACAUCACUGAGACAGACAUGACCGAAGGAUGUCGCAUACUCGAAGAGUCUAUUCGAGAAGUGGUCGCGGAAGGACAACAGCCCAAGGAAACAGUAACCAAAGGUCAAGCUUUGGAGUGA